AUGGCUAAUAAACACGAUCAGGCCUCAACCAACUACAAGGAAGCGUUCUCGCUCUUCGACCGUCGCGGUACUGGCCGUGUGUCCGGUGAUCUACUGGGCGAUCUGCUCCGCGCCUGUGGACAGAACCCCACGCUGGCGGAGAUUAGCGAUCUGGAGAAGUCUGUUGGUAGUGAAUUUGACUUCGAUUCCUUCCUCAAGGUCCUGAACCGCCCCGGUGGUUUCCGCGAGCCCGGCGAACCAGAGGAAUACUGUCGAGGAUUCCAAGUCUUCGAUAAAGAUAUGACAGGAUUUAUUGGAGUGGGACAACUGCGCUACAUCCUCACCAACCUCGGCGAGAAGAUGUCCGACGAAGAAGUCGACGAGCUCCUUAAGGCUGUUGAUACCAGCUCUGGCGAAAUCAACUACACUGAUCUCGUGCGCACCAUUCUGGCUAACUAA